ACUCUGUGAAGAUGAAAACAAUCAAUGAUUAAUUUUGUGUUUCUCUUUUUAAUUUAAUGACAAUUAGUGAAUUUGGAGUAAUUGUUUCUUUCUCUUUUUCUAAAUUGUGAAUUAAAAGAAUCACCAGAUUGUGUUGUACACCAUUUGAAAUUGUUUCGAUUACUCUUGAAAUAAAUUGUUCUAAAAGUGGAAGGAAAAAAAAUUCUAUUGGAAAAGAAAAAGGUACAAAAAAUUAUGAUUCUAUUUGAUUAUAUUGGUUUGUCUUUCCAUUUGAUCUCUACGUAAAUAAAAUGGAUUUAUCAUUGGCUGUGAAUUAUUUAUCAUUAAAUUAUCAUCAACAUCGUCAUCACUCAUUACUAAAACUACUGUUGCAGUUACAACCAUGGAUUUGGUUAAAAUGUCAUUUGGUUGUCAGAUGAAAAUCAAAGGUUUCAUUUUGAUAAUUUUAUGUCUCAUAUUAUCAACUUUAUUUUAUUGUCUUGUUGGUGAUCAAAAGCCACUCGAGGGGAUCAUUUAUGAUAAUCAUCUAUCUCAAAGUUUGGUUAAGAUAAAGAAUGUUGUGGUUCCUGCAGUUGAAGAGAAUAGAAAUUAUUACCUUUCCAGUAACACCCAACAGCAAACAACUUCCGAAUUAAAGGAGAAAUACCUCAAGAAUCUUGGAUUUAUUUCUAAUCCAAGAUUAUUUCCUAAUUCUAAAUGGGCCAAUGUUACCUUACCCGUUUUUGUCACUGCCAUAAAGAGUAACGAGAUCCAUUUUAUCAGAGAAUUGGUUCAAUCAUUGCAAGAAAAUUAUUCGCAAGCUUCAUUACUCACUUACCUUCUCAACAUGGAUGAGGAUGAAACGGAGAUCGUUACCCAAUUUUGUAAUUCAUCUGUAUCUUGUUACACUCGAAAAUUUACCUUUGAAAAUUUCCCUCUCCAUGUGAACGAUCUCAAACUGUUCGCAUUUCGUCCAAUAAUAAUACAACAAGUUCUAGAUCAAGCGGGCUCCGUUCUAUGGAUUGAACCAGGUUAUCAAUUGUUACCUUCAUCCAUCCCAAAGAUAAAUAAAGCAAUCGAAGCAGCAAAGAAAGAGGGUAUUCAAUGUUGGACAAUCGAUGAGCCCACAACCGCCAUGACCCAUCCAAGGAUGUUUGAACAUUUUCAUACUUCUCCUGAAAAUUAUUAUUUCCAUCGGAUGAUUGAACCAUCGGUGAUUGUCUUAUAUAAUAUUGAUAAAGUUCAUACACAAUUAAUGUUACCAUGGAUAAAAUGUGUUCUAACAAUUGAUUGUAUCGCACCAGUUGGAGCUCAAAGUUAUGGUUGUAGAUAUGAUAAAAGGCCAUUAUAUCGUUACUCUGGUUGUCAUCAUUACGACUUAUCUGCUUUAAGUAUUAUUUUAGGUUAUAUGUACAAUUAUCGUUCUGAACCUUAUUCGAUGGAUGAAGAGUAUAAAUUCUUCACCAUAAUUGCAUCAGAAGAAGGUGAUGACUCUAAGUCAACCAAAAAUUCACUAGAAUAUCUUGGAAUUGAUCCUCUAACUCGUCACAAAUCAAGAAUAAGGAGAAACAAAUUUCCAAUGGACAAUUAAAUUAAUUUAAACAUUUAUCUCAUCUUUAAAACAGUCAAAACAGUAACAAAAAAGAUCACAAGGAGUAACUAAACUUAGAUAAUGAUUGUCAAUCCUUCGCAUCUUUAAUCAUCAUCAAUUCAUCGUAACUAAAUGAAGAAACGCGAGAUUAAUUUAAGUAUUUGGAGAGAUUUUCCUUCCUCUAAUUAUAACUAUUAAUCCAUUAACAAUUAUGUAAAACCAUCCAAAGAGAAAAAAGAUUUCAUCUUCAUCAACAGUAGCAAAUCAAUUGGAAAUUUAAACUUAAUCAUCUUCUUAUCCAUUUAAACUGUUUUACGAGACUUAAUUGUUAAACUCGAUCUGAUUAGUCUCAGUUCACGUGUAAAUUUAAUUGUAAAAUGGUUGUUUUUUUCGUUUUAAUUUUUUGUUUUCCUUUUCUACUACAAUCGAAAUCACUUCUGUAAUUUUGUUCUCAAUAAACCCGAAAGUAUAAUCUUAA